AGAAUUACACAAUUUUGCAAUAUAUGCUUUGAAACAGACAGUAUCCUGCUUCGGUUUUGUAUCACCGGAGGUCUCAGUGGCUGCGUGUGUGCUAGAUAUAUCUUAAAUAAAAGAUACUAAACAUGACUUCCCGCUUCCAAGUGGUCGAACAGGGACCACCGAUCGAGGUUUUUCAGAAGAAUAAAUUGUUUAUUGAUGACUCGUUUCAAAACAAGGUGAAUCUGACCAUAGGCGCAUAUAGGGAUGAAAAUGGAAAACCAUGGGUACUCCCCGUUGUACGAAAGGUGGAAAAACAGAUGGCAGCUGAUGAGACCCUGUUGCAUGAAUACCUGCCUGUACUUGGUUUGGACCAGUUCUCCAACGCCUCCGUGUCCAUGCUGCUGGGCGAAGACAACCCUGUGAUUGCGAGUGGACGCGCUUUCGGCGUGCAAGUGCUGUCUGGCACCGGCGGGCUGCGCGUGGGCGCCGAGUUCCUGCGCCGCCACCUCAACUACAACACCUUCUACUACUCGCAGCCCACUUGGGAGAACCACCACCUGGUGUUCGUGCGCGCCGGGUUCGAGAACCCGCGCACGUACCGGUACUGGAACGCGAAGACGCGCACCAUCGACUUCGACGGCAUGGUGGAGGACCUGCGCGCGGCGCCCGAGAACUCGGUCGUGCUGCUGCACGCCUGCGCGCACAACCCCACCGGCAUCGACCCCACGCACGAGCAGUGGGAGAAGAUCGCCGACGUCUGCGAGGAGCGCAAGCUGUUCCCGUUCUUCGACAGCGCGUACCAGGGCUUCGCGUCGGGCGACCUUGACCGCGACGCGUGGGCCGUGCGCUACUUCGUGCAGCGCGGAUUCGAGCUCGUCUGCGCGCAGUCCUACGCCAAGAACUUCGGCCUCUAUAACGAGCGCGUGGGCAACCUGGCGGUGGUGGUGGCAGACGCAGCGCUGGCGCCCGCCAUGAAGUCGCAGCUCACGUGGGUGGUGCGCGCCGGCUACUCCAACCCGCCCGCGCACGGCGCGCGCAUCGUCGCCACCGUGCUCAGCGACAAGCAGCUCUUCGAUCAAUGGAGGGAACACAUAAAGAUGAUGUCGUCGAGAGUUAUCCAGAUGAGAGAAGCCCUGCGAGCCGAGCUCAUCAAGCUGGGCACGCCGGGCACCUGGGACCACAUCGUGAAGCAGAUCGGGCUGUUCUCGUACACGGGCCUGACGCCGCGGCAGGUGCAGCACCUCAUCGAGCAGUACCACAUCUACCUGCUCAACUCGGGCCGCAUCAACAUCUGCGGCCUCAACCCCGGCAACGUGCGCUACGUGGCCGAGGCCAUCCACGACGCCGUCGUCAAGUUCCCCGGCGACGAGUAAAUAUACACCUGCUUGUUACCGGUGGUGGUGGCGGGGCGGGGGCGCGCGACGAACAAACUACACAACAAACCAAUGCGUACAUUUCUUAUGCCGUCAAUUUUAAAUAAGCUGUCUACGCCUUUCUUAAGCUAUUUCAUGUUCUGCUGUAAGGUUGACGAAAUAAAAAGUGAGCCGACCUAUCGAACAAGUUUUAACAAGAUCGGCUCACUAUAUAUUUCAUCGACUUUACCUAUAGGUACAGCAUACUUUAAUUAAACACCGUGGAGUCACUGUGCGCCGUGUGUCGCAGGCGUAGGCAGCUGUUAACUAUGCGGUCUCUCUACUCAAACUAUGCUAAACUUCAGCUCUUUCGAUUACAAAGAAAAACUCUUCUGAAGUACCGACCUGUAAUUUAAAAUUAUGAAAAAAAGAGUAUUCCUUGUAUAAACUGUAUGUAUAUGUCUGUUGUUGAUAUGUUUAUGGGUCUCCUGUGUAGAGAACCUCUUUAUGGAAUUACUUAAUCGUGCAAUAUUUUACCCCUUUUAUUUGCCUGACAAUAAUAAACAGCGCAUAAUAUUAUAUUGAAACUGUAAAAAAUACAUUAAAAUGAAAUUAAGUAGGUUGUAACCUAUGUUAAGUUUUACAAUAUACAUUCAGAAGUGUUGUCUAGAUCAAAACCAUAUAGUUACAUGGUAAAACAUUGGAACGUUAUACAAUGAAAUUUUUAUCAUUUAUCGAUAUUCUUGUUAUUUUUUGGCGUGGCGAUUAGAGUUACAGGACUAUUCAAGCAAUAUUAGCAUAAGUUGUUGUCGAAAAUGAACUAUCGAUAUCGUCGAGUUGACACUUCCAUGUUAAAAUACUUUUGUUUUUAAUUGUAAUCGCAGGUGAUUGUAAGGAGCAUGCGAUUAGGUUAUGUUCCGUAGGCGUGAUCCGCCAUCAGCAGCUCGUUGAACGCAGUAGGUACAUCACAUUACCUAACAGGCGAAUUCUGAUCAUAAUAGAUUACGAUCGCACUCUAGUGGUUUGUAAUAGCAGCUAACGGCUACAUAGCUAACUAAGACAUAGACAAUACCGCAUUACUCAUUCAGCUUACCAGUAUUAAACGCUUUUAUUGUAGCUAAAUAUGUACUAGCGAAGUACAUACCGACGUUCUCAGUGUUUCCAGUGAAACAAAGUAAACAUGACGAACGAAACUGCACAUGUUAAAUUAGUAUACCAUAUAAGUAUAAACAUUAAGAGAUUAUCCGAGCAAAUUUUUACGUUUUGGUAUCCUCAGCUUAGCAAAAGGCAAUAUUUAGUUAGUCGUGGUUUUGCAUUCACUCUACGUACGUUAUCUGGUUGACCAGCCGCGACGCAGGCGCUGCGCCAAGGAUGCUUGUGGUUAUGGUCUUUCUUGUACAGUUAGAAAUAAGCUGGUGGGCGAGGUGUCCAAUAUGAACUGAGCAAAGCUGUAUUGUUAAAAGAAUAAGAGUGGGUGCAGGUCUUUUUAAACACCUUGCCCGCGUAUCUACUUUUGCAGCUGACUGUAACUGAUUUCGACGAUUACAGCAAUUUUCCUUUCCUACCAUUUGUUAAAAUAUUGAAAUUAUAUCUAUGUUGUUACUUAUGUGCUACACAAUUAUAGCUGUCAUUUUUGAUGUUUUAUCGAUUUGUAUAAACAAUAUAUUGUCAUAAUUGUUUUGUUAAUAAAACAAAUAAGUACUCAAAUCAAA